AUGGGUCCUACAAGAUGUCAACACAUUCUUGACCAACACAGUGAGAAGCUAUCGCCUGUGAAGAAGGGUGCAGAAGAAAAACUACAGAAUGCAAUUCAACUUUCUCCUCCGUCACAGGCUUUAUAUGCAAAGGUCGCAGGAAGAACAUCUGAAGCUUGUGUUCCCACAACCGAUGACUUGACCAAGUAUGAGACUUGCAUGAAAGGCCGGCUGAGCAUGGUCACCUCUGCUGGCAAAAGGCUAUCCAAGCAAAUCAACAAAGAAUACGAAGAACGGAAAGCAGCAGAAGACAAAGCACGGAAGAAUGCAGAGAUGCAACAUCAAGCCAAGCUUGCCGAGCAGGCAAAGCAAGCUGCAGCCAGCAAUAUGGCCACUGAAGCUGUUGGUGGUGGGAACAAUGAGCCAAAGGAAGUGUUGCCAGAAGUCAAUGGCUGUUCUACCCACAUGUGUGAGUCCAUUGCUCAUUUUCUUCAAUUGAAGGGCAUCUCCAGUGAUAUUGCAAUUUCUGGAGGUUUGGAUCGAGGAAUUGCCAGUGCACUGGUCACAACACACUUCCUUCCAACUGCUGGCACGGCUUCCUGUGAUGAUCAUGACAAACUCACUGCAAAUGAGGUUCUGGAAUCAGCACUCAACCUGAUCCCAGUGCUGUUGGUUGCAAAUGACGACAAUGCCUCUGCGGCCUCAGAUUGUGCUCAGAAAGGACCACCAUGGCUUGGACCAUUGAAGGAGCGCUUGCAGCAAACAACUACCAGGGCUGCUAUGAUGACUCCUGACAAGGGUACACUGUCAGAGUUUGUUUUCGGGUACAAGAACAAUGAUGGGUUGAAUGAGAUGAUGUCUUUGCUUGAUGCUUUGGCUUCAAGCACCUAUCAAGUUGCAAGUAUGUUCCCUGAGCCAGCUCAAGCUCAAGUGCUGAAGGCACUUCGCUCAGUUGUGCUGCAUCUUUAUGAGACUCACUCAUUCUUCUGCGGCACCUAUGAUAUGCUGACUGGACGGGUUAUUCAUUGCAUCAGUGGCUGCCGUUUCAUUGCUGGGAUUCCAAUUGACAAGGCCUUUUCAUGUUUCCAAAAGGCCAACAACAAGGACGUCUCCACAACUGUGGAUUUGGCAAGUUGGCUGAGGAAAGAAUGCUCUCUGGAAACCAUUAUGGAGGAAGGCUUCUACGUUCUUCUGCAACAAGGAGAUGUCUUUGUAGUACCUCCGGUCUUUUUCAUGAUUGAGGCCAGUCUGGGCAUUGGUGAUGCAGUGCUUGUAUCCUAUCCCUUUAUGCCUGCAGUGAGAACAUUGCAGCCAAAUCGCCUUGUGUUGGACUUCACAGCUCACUGGGAAGAGUCCCUCAAGCUGAUGCAGAAGGUCUUGCCAUCAGAUCAGAGCACAACGUUCAAGUUCCGUUCCAAGGUGCUCAUGGACUUGCUUCGACUCAGCCAAGUGAAGCAACAAGAGCAUACUUCUGACAAUCAUGUCUUUAUCUCUGAUGUCAGGCUUGAGGAAAUUGAAGACCAGGUGCGAUGCAAGUCGUCUAAGCUUGACGACAUACAACUUGGUAAGAAAGCCGAGGGAAUAAAGAACCAUCCUCGGCUGUCAGAGUACAAUACUUUUGUGGGUGAAGAGAUGGAUUUGAACCUUGACUUUGGUGAUGAGUUCGGUUCUAAUGGCAAUGGCUUUGAAGCUCUUGUUGGAUGCAAAGCGGUUGAAGACUGCAGUACUGCCAUCAACAGUGAGCUGGGCCGCGCAGCAGCCAUGAGCUCUCCCCGGCCGAUGGUUGCAUUGCUGGAGGAGAUCGACAUGGGUGAUCCGCAAGGGGAUGGUGGCGGUGAUCUGGAAACGUCUCCCCUAUCUUUAGCGAUUUUCGUCCUCUUGGCCGACCAGGCGCCUGAAAAGAUGCUUCCUCAUGGCUUGCCCUUGUGCAUCUCCCGUUUGCGGCGCGCCAACAUCCUGCUGCGCAGUAGCUAUGUGCUGCUGUCGAACGCAGAGCUGGCGCCGAAUGUGGUGAACCUGGGGGAUUUGAAGUCUUUAGACGAUCCACAGGUGCUUCCUAGUGCGCAGAGCAAUCCCUGCUGGGCACAGCGUGGCUUGCGGCUUUUUGCCUCGUCAAUCGCACUGCUGAAAGAUGCCAAACUGAGCGAAUUGAGGAGUGCUAGCUGCCGCUGGUAUCCCAACUUGCUCUUUCGAAGAGUCUUGGACAGCUUGACCUCAACGGAAGACAUCGAACAAAAGGCUCGGGGCCAGCUCUUUGGUGCUUGCUCGGCAGCGAUGAGGGCCUUCACUUGGACAUGUCGCUGUGAGCUCUAUCUGGAGAUCAUCCAGGGCAGUCGAGUGGAUGCGGUGAUCGGCAGCGUGGUAACACUCUUCAAGGAUGAUUGGUGGAAAGAGGUGCUUGCCCGUACAGACGACUUGGGUGACUUGCGGCUGCAGCUACUGAAGGUCCUGGAGGCCACGCUGUCAGGUGAGGUACAGAUCACCGAUGCCAUGGACACCCUCACAGCCGCUUUGAACAUUUGUCGGUUGGUGGCCCUCUCGAAGCUCCCACAGGCGGAGAUCCUUCGGCAAGCCUUGCGGCCUGGAUCCGGGAAGCACCUGGAUUUGGAGGCGAGGUUGGCAACUAUCUCCAAGCAGAUUGACGCGGAGUUAAAGAUGUUGGAGCAUGGUGCAUCACCCUUAGCUGCAGCCCUCGGUGAUGCUUCAGUGAACUUGGAUCAGCUCAAGCGAGACCGCAUUACUAUGGUGGCCCAUCUCGUGAGCCGUGUGCGCGAGAUCUUGGCCGAAGGACCCCUGCGCUGA